GCUUCACUGUUACCUGCUGUCUUCCGUAAAACAAGCUGCGUUGCUCUUAAUGAUGACCACAGUAACCAGGUUUCAAGACCAGCAGACUGAGAGUAGCACACAUAUAAUACCUGAAGAUGAUAAACCACCCUCACUGGGAUGUAUCGGCUGGUUCAUUAUCAUCAUCUCCCUCAUUUUCAUCAUAGGAUUGUUUCCUGUUACCAUUUUCAUGUGUGUCAAGAUUGUACAGGAGUAUGAAAGGGCUGUGAUCUUUCGAUUGGGUCGCAUUAUGGACAAGAAACCAAAAGGACCAGGAAUUUGCUUUGUACUGCCAUGUACUGACACAUUCAGGAAGGUGGACUUGAGAACUGUGUCAUUUGAUAUUCCCCCUCAGGAGAUCUUGACAAAGGACUCGGUGACAGUGAGUGUGGAUGGUGUGGUGUACUUCCGUGUUUGUGACCCCAUCUGUUCCGUGGCCAACGUGUCCAAUGCGGACCACUCAACACGUCUGCUGGCCCAGACUACCCUGAGAAACGUGUUGGGUAUAAAGAACCUGUCAGAGCUGCUGUCUGAUAGAGAGGGCAUCUCCAACAGCAUGCAGGCUGCCCUGGAUGAGGCCACUGGUGAGUGGGGCAUUAAAGUGGAGCGAGUGGAGAUAAAGGACGUUAAACUGCCCCAGCAGCUUCAGAGAGCCAUGGCUGCAGAGGCAGAGGCGGCCCGAGAGGCUCGUGCCAAGGUGAUUGCAGCAGAGGGCGAGAUGAACGCCUCAAGGGCAUUGAAGGAAGCCUCUCUGGUGAUUGCUGAGUCACCAUCUGCUCUGCAGCUACGAUACCUCCAGACUCUUAACUCCAUCGCAGCAGAGAAAAACUCCACCAUCAUCUUUCCUCUGCCCAUUGAUAUCAUUCAGCACUUCACAUCCAAAAGAGAUUAACGAUUCCACAUUAAGAAAAUCCUUUUUGGUUGUGACACAUUACUGGGUAUUAAUGUACAAAUAUGACUAUAGCAAAAAUAUGCUUCGAUAAGUACAAUAUGGAGAUAUUUUCUAUGAUUUUUAAGACAACAUAAAACAUUUAACUUCCGUAAUAUUUAUGAGUGAAACAGAAUUAAGUGGGAAAUACUGUAGAGCGGGACAUCUCUAUUUUAUCCACCUGCAUUUGAUUGGAUAGUGAAAAGUUGGCCAAUAUAUUAUUUUUAAGUGUGUAAAUUUGUGCCAACAGCAUUGAAUAGAAUUGCAAAAUCAAAGACUGUUUUCAAACAGGUUUCCCAAACACUCCACCUGUCUACUAUUGGGUGACCAAACAGAUAGCCCCACCCAAAAUUCACGCCAUUGGUUAAGGCAAUGUUGCUGUGUCGGGCUGGUUGGGAUGCUUGAACAAACCUAGCAAUGUCCUGAAAUUGACAGAGCCACAUGUUAAGACUUUACGAGGGAAUCAACCAACAAAUGGCUCACUUUUAAUGUUAAAAUACGAAACAAUUUUACGAUGUAUAAAGUAUGUUACUAAACAUAAAGACUCACCAUACUGUACUAUAUAAAGUACAGUACUGUGCAAAAGUUUUAGGCACUUGUGAAAAAUGUUGCAUUGUAAUACUUAAGUAUUUUAAGACUGAAAAAAAAAUGCUCAUCACAUUAAAGUGGGAGCCCAUCUAAAUCAAGAAUUGAGCAUGUUUUAAGGGACUU